AUGUGGGUCCUCCUGGGCCAGGGGUGGCGGCGUGGGCCCGCGCUCGUGCAGUGGUCCACUAGAGCCGCAUGCCUAGGGCUUCCUGGGUUCCGUCGCGCUCCGAUCCGCGGGGCUGCUGCCGAGCCCUGGGCUCCGGCCAGACUCUACAGCGCUGCAGACUGCAAGGAAAAAAUUGACAUGUCUAGAUUUCCUGUUGAAAAUAUUAGAAAUUUCAGUAUCAUUGCCCAUGUGGAUCAUGGCAAAAGUACUUUAGCUGACAGACUCCUGGAACUAACAGGGACAAUUGAUAAAACAAAGAAUAAUAAGCAAGUUCUUGAUAAAUUGCAAGUGGAACGAGAAAGAGGAAUCACUGUUAAAGCACAGACAGCAUCUCUCUUUUAUAAUUGUGAUGGGAAGCAAUACCUUUUAAAUCUCAUUGAUACUCCUGGCCAUGUUGAUUUUAGUUACGAAGUAUCCAGGUCACUGUCUGCUUGCCAGGGUGUUUUACUUGUGGUUGAUGCAAAUGAGGGUAUUCAAGCCCAAACUGUAGCAAACUUCUUUCUUGCCUUUGAAGCACAGCUAUCAAUAAUUCCAGUUAUUAACAAGAUAGAUUUGAAGAAUGCUGAUCCUGAAAGGGUUGAAAAACAAAUUGAAAAAGUGUUUGAUAUUCCAAGCGAUCAGUGUAUUAAGAUUUCUGCUAAACUUGGAACAAAUGUUGAAAGUGUUCUUCAGGCAGUAAUCAAAAGAAUACCCCCUCCUAACGUGCAUUGCAAAAGUCCCCUGAGAGCUUUGGUAUUUGACUCCACCUUUGACCAGUAUAGGGGUGUGAUAGCCAAUGUAGCAUUAUUUGAUGGAGUGGUUUCCAAAGGAGAUAAAAUUGUGUCUGCACAUUCUAAAAAGACCUAUGAAGUUAACGAAGUAGGAGUUCUGAAUCCUAAUGAGCAGCCAAGUCAUACAUUAUAUGCAGGACAGGUGGGCUAUCUGAUUGCUGGGAUGAAAGAUGUCACUGAAGCACAAAUAGGAGAUACAUUUUAUUUACAUAAGCAACCAGUGGAGCCCUUGCCUGGGUUUAAAUCAGCGAAACCAAUGGUAUUUGCAGGAAUGUACCCUGUUGACCAGUCUGAAUAUAAUAACCUGAAGAGUGCUAUAGAAAAACUGACUUUAAAUGACUCCAGUGUAACAGUUCAUCGGGAUAGCAGCCUUGCCCUAGGUGCUGGCUGGAGGUUGGGAUUUCUUGGACUCCUGCAUAUGGAAGUUUUCAUCCAAAGACUAGAACAAGAAUAUAAUGCUUCUGUUAUUUUGACAACUCCCACUGUUCCAUACAAAGCUGUUCUUUCAUCAGAAAAAUUGAUAAAGGAAUAUAGACAAAAAGAAAUUACAAUCAUCAGUCCUUCACAGUUUCCUGAUAAAUCAAAAGUAACAGAAUAUUUAGAACCAGUUGUUUUGGGCACUAUUAUCACACCAGAUGAAUACACUGGAAAAAUAAUGAUGCUUUGCCAGGCUCGAAGAGCAGUUCAGAAGAAUAUGAUGUAUAUUGAUCAAAAUAGAGUUAUGCUUAAAUAUCUCUUCCCUUUGAAUGAAAUUGUGGUGGAUUUUUAUGAUUCUUUGAAAUCUAUGUCUUCUGGAUAUGCUAGUUUUGAUUAUGAAGAUGCAGGUUACCAGAUUGCAGAACUUGUGAAAAUGGAUAUUUUACUGAAUGGAAACAUUGUAGAGGAGCUAGUAACUGUUGUACACAAAGAAAAAGCGCAUUCUGUUGGCAAAGUCAUAUGUGAACGUCUAAAGGAGUCUCUUCCCAGGCAGCUGUUUGAAAUAGCAAUUCAAGCUGCUGUUGGAAGUAAAGUCAUUGCAAGAGAAACUGUGAAAGCAUAUCGAAAAAACGUUUUGGCAAAAUGUUAUGGUGGUGAUAUUACCCGAAAAAUGAAACUUUUGAAGAGACAAGCAGAAGGAAAGAAAAAACUGAGGAAAGUGGGCAACAUUGAAGUCCCAAAAGAUGCUUUUAUAAAAGUUCUGAAAACACAAUCUGAUAAAUAAUUGGUAAGAAAAUACAAAGAAUUUUCAU